CACGUUAAUAUAUGUUUACAUUAAAAUAAUAUUCACAAAAAAAAAUUGGUAAAAAUAAACUAAAAAAAAAAGAAUUAUGAUUGAAAAAAAUUGGGACACUAAAUUUUAAGUAAAAGAAAUUUUUAUUAAACACAAAAAUGUAUCGUUUAACAGCAUUUGGAUAUAAUCAAUCGCCCACAAUUCGAUAUGAACGAUUAUGGAAUAUUUUAAUACCGAUAACACGAUUUUGGGGUGUAGCAACGUCCGUCGUGCUAUUAGGUGUUGGCGUCGAACAUGCAGUGCAUAAACAUUUAUUAGGUAUUUUUUUCAUAUUUGCCGCAUUGGGAAUAUUUUUUUUAGAAAUUGUAUGGGCAAUUACUUUGUUUUUACGUUUAUUUUUAUUCAACAAAGAUGUUGAUGAGAAUGGUUUGGGCAUACGAUGUUGGUAUAAAGUCCUUUGGGUAUCAUCGUGGAAAAAAACCAUAAUAUAUGUGCCAUUAGCUCUGUUACCAUUAAUCUAUCCAUACAAAUUAUGGUUAUCUUAUUUGGUUGGAAUUCAAUUAUUAAUAUUAGGAAUUUUACAUUUUGUGUUAUCUGGUAAUAAACAUCGUACUACGAAACCGGAAUUACUUCGACAAGCGAUUUAUUAUAGUGAUUUUGAUAUUCAUGAACGGUUUGAAGAAGUUUUCGAAAAUACUUUACUGGAAGUUAUCGAACAUGAUCGUCGAUCAUUAUCGGAGGGUAUUCGAGAGGAUGAUGCGUUAAUAGAUAUAAAUCUUUAAAUGAUCUAUUUUUAUAUAUUGUUACUAAU